GUGGAUGACUCGCGGAAGAGCCCGCGCUUUAGUUAGUAUCGAGUGAGCUUUCGCACGAGCAUGACGGAAGAAGAAGGGUGCGCGCUAUCAUCUUCUACGUCUAUUUCAUAUUGUGAGUCGCUCUACUCGCGACGUGUUCGUUCAACAUCGUAAUUCAUCGGGACUGGCGGGAACAACGUGUUCGAUUCACAUGCAAUGAAAAAAAGUCAAAGUUUUUAAGAAAUCGAAAAAGGGCAUGAGUUUUUGUUGUUUAAAAAUUCCAAGUUACUUGCGUAGAAAAUAAACGUUCCAAAUAAAUAAUUCGUGAAGGAACAGAUUUCGUGAAAAAAACAUGCUCAUGGUUAAUUGGUGUUCAGCGCAAAUAGUCGCGUUCGCCAAUACGUCCGAAGGCAUUUUAUAAAUGUGGGAUAUAGAAGUCGCGUGCAAGAUGCACCCUUGACUCAGUUCGGGCUCGAUGAUUAAACGGGACGUUACACACUUUUAUCACUGAUUUUGCACUUGGUGCUCCGAAUGUCCGCAUUUGCUUUAUUUGCGCGCCAAUCGGUGUGAAUGACAUUGGAAAAAAUGACAGUUUGGAAUCGACUAUUUUUUCCUAGAGUCUAAACGUGUUUCUCCGUGUUAUUUUUAUACGAGAACGAAAGAAGAUCGGAAGUUAUGGAUAGUUGGUGGAAUCCACGGACUCUUCCACGGAUUGGCCAACCGAACCAGAGCGGUGCUUUCCGUUUAACGAAAAAUCUCGAAACAAUUGCGUUCGACAAAUAAUCAAGCGUUUUGAUCCGAGUGAAACUCAUUAUUUAUUCCGGGGAAUAAUAUUUAUCUAACAUAUCGAGAUGAUGAUCGAGUGAUGGUGCGAAUUUUGCCAUUUCGUUUGUGAUCGUAAAACGUGAUGAGCAGUAAGCCCUCGUUGCCCAAUCUUCGAGGGAAUACUGCCCGUAAAAGCACGGCAGCAAUACAGCUCGGUUCAUCGAGCAGCGAAAACACUGAUAAAAGUGUUGCGGUACCCAAGAUCAAGAAGGAAGUACCCGAGGACGAGAUAAAAGAAUAUGCGGCUACUGCAAUGAGCGAACUUCUUGGUUGGUACGGGUACGAAAAGGUCGACAGCGGUUGCACGAGAGGCUUAAAUUUGGACCACUUUGGAAAGACGGUUAAUUCACGUCGUCAUAGCGCUCACAAUCGUCGUCGAGAAAUCAUAACACCGUUGAACGUGAAUGAUGCUGCGACCACAUCAUCGACGUCGCCGAACGAUCGGUCGAAAGGCUCGUUGAGAUCGCCGAUCUCAUGUCGCGCAUCGAGAUCCUCGCCUACCGCUGGAUCCCUCGGCUCGACCAAAGAUAACGGCAGCCUCGGAGGAGGACAUCGCCCGUCCUCACGCUCUUCGUCCUUACAGACUGGACCCGGAAGCCCCCGGGUACUCGACAACAGCGACUCUGCUUCGGACACUGCUGAUGGUGCAACGAACUGUUCGUGGUGUGGUCGAGCCAGUGGAACCUGGGAACCGGGGAAUGGCUCACUCUCGUUCACCCUGACAGGUGAAAACUCGGGACGGUUCUGCAGCGAGGCUUGUUUCGCCGCAGGAAGACGAGCGGCCUUCAAGAGAGCGAGAACCUGUGAUUGGUGCAAGCACGUUCGUCAUUCAGUUAGCUACGUUGAUUUCCAGGAUGGCGAGAGUCAACUGCAAUUUUGCAGUGACAAGUGUUUGAACCAAUACAAAAUGAAUAUCUUUUGUCGGGAGACCCAAGCCCAUUUGGGACUCCACAAUGUCCCAACGUUGCCAUGGUCCUCGAGUAAUCCAUCGACUUGUGCAGCAGGUCUGAUAACCCCGGAAUUAUGGUUACGGGAUUGUCGUUCACCACCACCGAGUCCGGAUGAGGAGAAUGUGAUUGUAGACGGUGACGAAGACGAUGGAGAUGAGGAGGAUGAAGGGGAGAUCGGGAAAAUCGAAAAAACGCGGUCUUCCAUCCAAGCCGUCCAAGGUUGUCCGAUCGGUGAGCCACGAAUUUUGACAUCGGGGCUGUCGUCGCUCGAUAGAAGCAUUCACGAGUCUAAAUUCGGCUCGAUAACGCCGAAAAUGUUGGAAGAAUCGGAAGAGAAGAAAGAAGCUGAAGCUCACGACGAAAGACUGCGAUUCGAAAUGAACGAAGCUAUAAAAGAGUCCCUACUCGAGGAAGAGCACAGAUGCCGCGCUCUCAAACUCGAGCAAACCAGCAGAAACAGCAGUCACGAACCAACAAGGUCGAGUGACUUGCCCGAGAUCGAUAAUCCAUCGAUCAGCCCGUUGAACAAUGACUCCAUCGUAGAACAGGUUGAAAAGCGUAAAGAAACCGUUUUACUUCUCAAAGACGUGAAUAAAUUACUCGCGAGUAACCCGACUCGCGGUCAUCCGAAGCAACGAAGAAUUUCAAGAUCACCGCCGUGGCAUCCACCGGAACAUUUGCGCCCAUCCUCAUCCAUCAAUUCCACCGACACUAGGUACCAUUCGCGUUUUACUUCAGCGUCUUCGCGACCGCUUCCUCGUCAGCGUCCUCUUCAUCGACCGAGCAACACCAAUCCAAUGUCCUUUCAUUCUGUCGCGUCUGAAAUUCAUCAAAAGCAUAACGAUGCCACGUCAACGCUACUGCCACCCGUAACCAUCCUCGUUCCUUAUCCCAUUCCCAUUCCCAUUCCUAUUCCAAUUCCUAUACCGAUUCCUCCGUUUGGUAAAUUCUUCUGUGAUUAUCAGGCAGACCGGAAAAACUCUACAUCCACGAGGCCAACGGAUCCUGGAACACUGCCAGAGGACCUAUCGCAACGUCGUAACAAAAUUGAAGUCCAUGACGUAAUUGAAAAAUCCGAUCUUAUCUCAACGUCCCAAAAAUUUUCAUCGAGCAGAAAUUCACCAGAACCCAGUUGUUCUUCUCGCAACACCGAUAAUCAACGCGAUUUCAUUUCACUUGACAAAUCCAGCCUCGAAACGAUGAACGCCUCGAGACCUCUCAGAAAACGCAGACGUAUCAAUGAAAACGGCACCGGAGACACGGAAAUUCAUGUUGACAAACGAAGGACGAAGUUUGUGCCCGUUUGACCAUUUUUUUGGUCUCCCAUCCGUCCCCCCACUUUCUUUUAUCGUUGCUCUUCGAAAUGGUGCUACAUUGUAUAUUUCUAGUUUUUUUUUCUCAUUCUGUUCGUUAUUGUUAAGCUUCGACGAAGAACAAUCAGAACCGUAAAUGUCAAUCGAACCCGCUGAAACAAAAAGGGUGCAAAUGUGUUUAGGUCGUACGUGCAAAUCAAAUUUUUAGGAUUAUACAAUGUUUUACUAUGAAUAAUAGAUAAAUAUUCGUCUCUCGCUUUU